AUGACGAAUUCGGCACCAAAAUUGAACAACAAGGUAGAACGGCAUGGUUCGCCAAAUGUCGGCGUAGACCGGCACCAUCACCGUACAGGUGCAAUGAAAUCGUCGACGUUCUUCCACAAUAGCGGAAGAUCUUUUGGCAGAAAUUCAACCGGUAGAUUGAGCUGCAGUCCUCAUUGUUCGUCCAAAAGUACAAGAAAUUCUCUGAUACGGUACGACUACAGUCCCCGCGGAAGUCCAACAAACAGCUUUUAUGCUGGUGCAAAGUUUUCCGAACCGCCGUCUCCUGCGAGCCUUCCCAGACCACCGAGCCAUUGGACUAUGAGACUGAUGGGCAGCUGUCAGCAAGCUGACAGGAGUUGCGAUAUUUCAAAUCAUCUUAAGAUGAUAUUAAACGUCCAAGCCUGA